AUGAAUGUGAGCCAUGCUUCAGUUCACCCAGUUGAAGAAGUUCCAACCACUGAUGGUGGUGUUGCGGUCGCGGAACAACAAAACGUUAACGUGCCUAUGGUCGUGAGGAUGAAGGAUAUUCAGGGGAUGCCUGGUACUGUUGGUGGCUUGGCUUUAAGGGUUUCACAGUUUGUUUUUGGUGCUGCUGCACUCUCUAUUAUAGCCUCCACAAAUGAUUUUCCUUCGGUCACUGCUUUCUGUUUCCUUGUUGCGGCUGCCGGGUUGCAGACUCUAUGGAGCAUUUUGUUAGCUAUUACUGACAUAUAUUCCAUUUUAGUAAGACGGUAUUUGCAGAACUACCGACUUGUCUGUGCAUUUACAAUCGGCGAUGGGGUAACUUCGACGCUUAUGUUCGCGGCAUCAUGUGCAUCGACAGGUAUCACGGUGCUCAUCGAUAACGAUCUUGAUAAUUGUUCAUAUAACCAUUGUGUGCAGUUUGAAACAGCUACAGGCAUGGCAUUCAUAUGUUGGUUCACUACAGUGCCGUCGUUUCUGCUGAACUUCUGGUCUUUGGCUUCACGUUAG